CACCCCCCUCAAGUGUUCUUGAGUGUGUAGGGGGCGCCUUUGAACUCCCGGGGGUGCUCCUGGGGCCACGGUCCAGUCGGAGCUGCGGGUGGGGGCUGGGUCCGGCCUGACCUUUCUUCACCCUAAUUGGCACAUGGUCGGCCACUGAACUCCGCCUCCAGGAAGCGGGUCGGCCGCGGAUAAGCUGCACCCCCACCCCAAGCCACCCCAGCCACUUCCUCAGGGCCCGCGGCCCUUUAUCGGAGGACCUGAGAGAUUUGCAUUGGGGCCCGCGGAGGAACCGCUUCCCGGUCAGCGGGCGAGGCCGGAGCCAGGCGCUGGCCGGAGCAGCCCAGGCCGCACCCCGCGGGGCUCCCGGGGGAGGGCGAUCUGCAUGCCCAGCGCGCUCCUGCGCCAUGGACCGCGGCCAGCCCAGCCUGGAACCCGCGGCCGCGGCCGCCCGAGCCUCGGGUCCGUGUGUGAUCGCGCCCGUGCGCGCCGUGCUCCGCCUCCGCCGCCGGGUGUGCGUCCUGCGCCAGCGGCGCCUCCUGCCGCCCGGCGCGGGGCCCGUCGCCGGGAGCGGGGCGCCCAGGCUGGGCUGCAGCUCCGGGGCGUCGCACGCAAACCUAGACCAGCCACAAUUCUUCACCUUCGAUGGCCCGGUGGAGCUGUCCUCGAGGACGCCGCGCAAGAGGCGCCGGCGCAGCCGCGUGGUGCUUUACCCGGAGACCUCACGCAAAUGUCGGCCGCGAGUGGAGCGCAGGAGCCGCGCGCAGCGCUGCCUGCUGCUGCUCGUCGCCAUCGUGGGCUUCCAGGUACUCAACGCCAUCGAGAACCUGGACGAUAACGCACAGCGCUACGACCUCGACGGGCUGGAGAAGACACUGCAGCGCACCGUGUUCGGCCAGCCGGCCGCCGUGGGGCGCAUCGUGGCGCUGAUGCGAGACUACUUGGCCACGCACGUGCACAGUCGUCCGCUCCUCCUGGCGCUGCACGGGCCCAGCGGCGUGGGCAAGAGCCACGUGGGCCGCCUGCUGGCACGCCACUUCCGCGCCGUGCUCGAGGACGGAGCGCUCGUGCUGCAGUACCACGCGGGGCACCACUGCCCCGAGCCGCGCGCCCCGCAGGACUGCCGCGAGGAGCUGGCGCGGCGCGUGGCCGACGUGGUGGCGCGGGCCGAGGCGGAGGAGAAGACCCCACUCUUGGUGCUGGACGAGGUGGAGCUCAUGCCGCCGCCGCUGCUGGACGAGCUUCACAGCUUCCUGCAGCCGCAGCGCUCCCACCACUUCCACAACGCCAUCUACGUGCUCCUCAGCCGCGCUGGGGGCGCCGAGAUCACGCGCUUUGUGCUGCAGAACGCGUCCCGCGCGCUGUCCCUGCGCCCCGACGGCGCCCAUGGGGCCGGGGCCGCAGCAGCACAGGCCGAGGAGGACCUGCGCGCCAGCCUGCGAGCACUCCUGGCGCGCGACCACCCGCUGUGGCAGGCCGCGGCCAUUGUGCCCUUCCUGCUGCUGGACAAGCGGGACGUGGUCAGCUGCUUCCGCGACGAGAUGGCCGGCGAGGGCUUCUUUCCGGAGCAGGCCCGCGCCGAGCGCCUGGCCACGCAGCUCAGCUACUACCGGGUUGCCGACCGUGAGUUUGCGGUCACUGGCUGCAAGCAGGUGGUGGCCAAGGUGAACCUCUUGUAGCCUGGGCACAGGCU